AUGAGUUGUUAUCCGGUAUACAACAAUACGCCGGUUGCAAAGCAAGUUGAUUCCAUUUACGAAAACCAUCUUGACCAAUUUCUUUCCGAAGGAGAAUACAAAAAGUUUAAUCUUCCUAAUUUAUACGACCUUCACCGUAUUGACAAUUCCAUUAAAGAUGUCGAAAAUGAUACAGCAAAAGGAUAUGUGAAUUUAAGGGUCUAUCCCGUCCCAGAUCUAAAACGACCUAAUGUUCAUGAAAUUAUUGGUAAAGUGAACUUUGAACAAGUUGCCUAUAAAGGGGAUGCAUUUGGUCCUAGCUGGUCCACGUUUUGGAUCCAAGUCGAAGUUCGCAUACCCGAUUCCUGGUCAGACUAUGCGGAAGUCAUUUUUGACUGGGACUGUGGUAACGAAGGGUUGGUUUACACAGAAGAUUGUCAACCGGUUCAAGCGUUUAGCGGCUCUGAAAGAACAGAAUACAUUCUUCCCAAAAGCUGGCAAACCGAUCACAGUAUCCAUAUUUUUUACGUUGAAAUGGCCUGUAAUGGAAUGUUCGGUUGUGGAGGCACAGACCAAAUUGCUCCACCUGAUCCUAACCGGCAUUUUGUGCUAAAAAAAGCAGAUCUCUUGGUUCCUAACCUGCCAGCUCGCGCUUUGCGUUGUGAUUUCAUGAUCAUUCAACAAAGUGCUAAGGAGUUCCCAUCUCGAUCUUGGCAAAAGUUCAGAGCAAGACAACUUUGUCAUGAAAUAAUGAAUGCAUUUCACCCCGAGGAUCCUUCCACUAUUGAAGAAUGUAGAUCCCUCGCUAAACUUUACCUUGGAGAGCAUAUCGAUUCUGAAUACGUAAACGAAACAAAUCCUAACCAAACAAAAGUCUAUGCAGUAGGACACUGUCAUAUUGAUACAGCCUGGCUUUGGCCUUUUGCAGAGACAAGGCGUAAAAUAGUGCGAUCAUGGGCUACCCAAUUAAACCUACUGGAUAGAUACCCAGAAUACCGUUUUGUCUGUUCUCAAGCUCAGCAGUACGAAUGGUUAAAGCAGGACCAUCCGAGAACUUAUGAAAGGUUGAAGAAGCAUGUUAAGAGCCGUCAGUUCUUGCCAGUCGGUGGAAGCUGGGUAGAACAUGACACGAAUCUUCCUUGUGGAGAAUCACUUAUACGACAAUUUCUCUUUGGACAACGUUUCUUCCAAGAUGAAUUUGACGUCCGAUGCGACACUUUUUGGCUGCCCGAUACGUUUGGCUAUUCCAGUCAGAUACCACAAAUUUGCCGCCUUGCUGGAAUGGAUAGAUUCUUGACACAAAAGCUUUCUUGGAGUAACAUCAAUUCUUUUCCUCAUAGUACCUUUAACUGGGUUGCAUUGGACGGUUCUCAAGUGUUGUGUCAUAUGCCACCUGCGGAUACUUAUACGGCAGACACAAAUGUUACUGAUAUAAUACAUUCCGUUUUUCAACACAAAAAUUUAGCCAACGAUCAAGCAGGCUUGCUAGUAUUUGGAAUAGGUGACGGGGGCGGAGGUCCUACACCUGAGAUGCUCGAAAAGCUUCGUCGAUGUAAGGGAGUCGCUAAUACAAUUGGACAAUUACCCGAGAUUAAACUUGGAGAUUCGGUUGAUGACUUUUUUGAUGGUGUCUUCAAACGUACAAGUAAUGCAGCAACAUUGCCCUCGUGGGUUGGCGAAUUAUAUCUUGAAUUUCAUCGCGGAACUUAUACAACGCAGUCAGAAAUCAAGUCGUCUAUGAGAAAAGCAGAAUUUUCACUCCACGAUUUAGAGUAUUUUGCAACGUUAGCUUUUGUUCGUAUUCCCGGGUUCAAAUAUCCAGUACGGGAAAUAAAUGAGCUAUGGAAAACUACAUUGUUAUGUCAGUUUCACGAUGUUCUUCCCGGAUCCUGUAUUGAAAUGGUUUACAAGGAUGCCAUACCCAUGAUGCACAACGUUUUUCGAUCGUCGGAACUGUUAAUCAAAGCCAUUUUAGAACAACUUGGAUUCAGACAAAUUACAAGCCAUACCACUUUACCCGAUUACCUUCUAACCACCUUACCUUGGAACGUUGGUGGUGUCGUGGACGAAAGUGCAAAUACCACUCCAUUAUCCUUCUAUGAAUCAAUCGAUAAUCCAAACAUUUUAGUACGUUCCGAAAACUAUGUUAAGCACCCAGCCCGAGCCUACGAAUCCAAUGGUUGCUUAGUACUCCGUACGGAUAAGUUUUUGGUUCGAAUUUCUAAGUCUGGUUUGAUUAUGAGCAUUCAUGACUUCUAUAAUGACAGAGAAGUUUUGGAUUUAAAGACCGGAAUUAACAAGACCGGCGCAAACCAGUAUGUGCUCCUCCAGGAUACCCCUUUGAGCUUUCCAGCUUGGGACACUGAGAUUUAUUCUCUUGAUAAAUAUAGUAUCCUCACAGACGGAAAGGCGCAGAUAUAUGAAACAGGUCCCACCAAAGCCUCAGUACUGGUCGAGACUCCCAUUAGUGAGAAGAGUUCCAUUAAAACCGUUAUUUCAAUCUCGGGCUUUAACAAUGAUGAUGAUGCAUCAAGCAUAGACUUUUCUUGUGAAGUGGACUGGCAUGAAGACUACAAAUUCUUAAAGGUUGAAUUUCCCGUAGACAUCCAUGCGGAAUAUGUUAGCUACGAGACUCAGUUCGGUAUCACACACAGGCCUACCCAUUACAAUACAUCCUGGGAUGUUGCAAAAUUUGAGGUGUGCCAUCACAAGUUUGCGGAUUAUUCCGAUUACAAUUAUGGUGUGUCUAUACUGAAUGAUUGCAAAUAUGGAUUCUCCGUACAUGGGAACUUAAUGCGACUCUCAUUAUUAAGGUCUCCAAAACAACCAGAUGCCCAUGCCGACAUGGGUAAGCAUUAUUUCCGUUAUGCAAUUUUGCCUCACAAAGGUGGACUCAGCCCUCAAGUAGUGAGAGCUGCUUACAAGUUUAACAGUCUCUUUAGAUUCGUCAACAAAAAUUCUAUAGAGACAAGUGUUGAAGCUUUAGAUUUUGUUCGGGUUGACGGCGAUGAAAAUAUAAUAGUUAGUAACGUAAAGAAAGCUGAGGAUGAGGACGCGAUAAUCCUUCGUCUUUAUGAGUCACUAGGAGGUAGAUCCAGGUGCAGAUUGACAUUAAAAAACUGUGAUAUUAAAAGCGUUACCAAAUGUAACAUUUUGGAGGAAGAUAUAGCGCAAGUCAAUCUACAAAAUGAUGAAGAAGGAUGUCAUAUACAAAUUGAAUUGAAAGCAUUUGAAAUAGCAUCCUUCAAAAUGAGUUUAUGA